AUGAGCCGCCUGCUGUGCUGUCUGUGCGCGCGCCAAGCCGACAUGGGCGCCGCGCUCUCGCACCCACAGGAGGGGGAGGCGUGCGACGGCGCGGUGCUGCCGGCCGCGCCCCCCACCAUGGCCGACGUCAUACGGGAGCGCAAGAAGAAGUCCGGCGGCGCGGGGCUGGCCACGCUUCGACGGAAGAUAGCCGCCGCAGCACGACGACCACGAGACUCCCGACCUGACCGCGGAUGCGAGCACGCGCGCUACAUCCGGUCGGUGGUGGGGUCGUGGCGGCUGGCGGAGGUGUUCCUGCUGUGUGAACAGCUGGAGGCGGCCGCCGCGCUCAGGGACCUCGCCACGCAGGCCGAGCUGGCCAGGGAGCCUGCAGCCGCGCUCACAGAGGACCUGGCCGCCGCCUACGAGCACAGGUGGUGGUGCGACGUGGAGCUGGUGGGCGCGGGCUGGUCGCUGGCCGCGCACCGCGCCAUCCUCUCCGCGCGCUGCUCCUACUUCAGAGACCUGCUGCAGCGGUACCCGCCGUCUGCGUGCCGCGUGCCGCUGGAGGGCGAGGCGGCGGCGCUGCCGCGCGAGGAGCUGGAGGCGGCCGUGGGCGCGCUGUACGCCGGCGCCGCGUACUGCGCGCGGCCGCUGUGUGCGCUCUGUGCCAGUGACUGGAGGCGGCCGUGGGCGCGCUGUACGCCGGCGCCGCGUACUGCGCGCGGCCGCUGUGUGCGCUCUGUGCCAGUGAGUGAGCCACGCUACACCACACUACACCGCACCACACUACACACUAUACAUUGUGAGCUGGAGGCGGCCGUGGGCGCGCUGUACGCCGGCGCCGCGUACUGCGCGCGGCCGCUGUGUGCGCUCUGUGCCAGUGACUGGAGGCGGCCGUGGGCGCGCUGUACGCCGGCGCCGCGUACUGCGCGCGGCCGCUGUGUGCGCUCUGUGCCAGUGAGUGAGCCACGCUACACCACACUACACCGCACCACACUACACACUAUACAUUGUGAGCUGGCGGCGGCCGUGGGCGCGCUGUACGCCGGCGCCGCGUACUGCGCGCGGCCGCUGUGUGCGCUCUGUGCCAGUGACUGGAGGCGGCCGUGGGCGCGCUGUACGCCGGCGCCGCGUACUGCGCGCGGCCGCUGUGUGCGCUCUGUGCCAGUGAGUGAGCCACGCUACACCACACUACACCGCACCACACUACACACUAUACAUUGUGAGCUGGAGGCGGCCGUGGGCGCGCUGUACGCCGGCGCCGCGUACUGCGCGCGGCCGCUGUGUGCGCUCUGUGCCAAAUGGGAUCGCGGCGGGAGCUUGGAUGGUGAGCUCGACAUCGUAGAGAACACAAACACCGGCGGCGGCGGUGGCGGGGGCGGCGGGGGCGGGGCGGGCGCGUGCGCGUGCGUCCGCGCGCGUCCGGACGCGGCCGCGCUGCGGCGGCUGGCGGCGCGGCUCGGGUUCUCACUCGACUCCACGCACCACGACAUGCGGUACCUCCUCGAGUCAGGGUCUCUGGCGGACGCGCGGCUGGUGUUCCCGGUGGAGGCUCGUGGAGCUGCGUACGGGUUCUCGGCCGCACUCGAGCUGCCGUGCCACCGACUGCUGCUGGCCGCCAGGUCCCGCUACUUCAGGAGCGUGAUGUCGCGGCGGGCGGGCGCGGGCGGCGGCGGGGGAGCGACGGCGGUGUGCGUGGACGAGAAGGUGCUGCCGCGGCGGUUCGCGCGCGCGCUGCUGCACGCCGCCUACACCGACCAGGUGGAUCUCAGCUUGAUCGGCAGGAACUCCUCGUCUCCAUCAUCCACUAACAGCAUCGGCAGCGGCAGCACGCCGUGGUCGACCGGCAGUCGUGGUAACCGUGGUGGAGCGAUGUUGGACGAUGCCUUCCAACUGUACGAGAUUGCCAGGUUCCUGGAGAUGGCGAUCGUGGUGCAGGGCUGCGAGGACGCCAUCGUGGAGGCGCUGUGUCCGGACACGCUGCCCACCAUCCUGCGCUGGGCGCACGCGCCGCACGCCAGCCAGUGGGUCUACAGGCAGGCGAUGCGGUACUUCCGCGACGAGUUCCCGGCGGUGAUGGCGCACGCGGCGUCUGCCCGGCUGCCCCGCGCCGCCCUCGCCGCCGCUCUCAGCUCGCCGUUCCUGCAGGCCAGCGAGCCGCAGGCCUUACGUGCACUGCUACGAUGGGCCGAGCGCGCGCACCCGCCCCACCCGAACGUGGUGUGGCACACGGCGCACGCGGGGCGGGCGCGGGGCGCGCGCGGCGGGCGGGCGCGGCGCGCGGGGGGCGAGGCGGCCGCCCGCGCCGCGCUCGCCGCCCUGCUGCCCCUCGUGCGGCUCGAACACGUGCCGCGCGACCACGAGCUGCUGCAGCACAGGCUCGCCCCGCCCCCCGCGCAGGCCGCGGGCUCCGCCGCCGCCUGGCUGGCGCGCGGCGCGCUUCGCCCGCCGCGCUGCUUCCUGCCCUACCUCGACGAGCUCAAGGCGUUACUUGAAGAUCAAGUGGUGCCGGAAGCGGAGUUAGCACGCGCCCGCAGAGCGAUGUACCAGCACCGUAUUCCUGAUACACUGUACAUGGUGGCGGCGGCGCGGACCGAGGGCGGCGCGGGGUCCGGCGAGGCGGGGGCCGCGGGCGCGGACUGCGGCGCGGGCGCGGAGGCCUGCGUGUCGCCGCGCGUGCUCGCCGCGCUGCGGGCGCGCGCCAGGGAGCUGCGCGCCGCGCCGCCCGCCGCGCGCGCGCUGCGGCUGCACGCGCACGACGCCGCGCCCGUCGCGCGCCAGAUCGCGUUGCGCGCCGUCCGCGAGAUGUCGCUGCCGGACGCAUGCGCGGACCUGCUACUCAAUGAUUUGGAAACAUCCAACGACAGUGCGCGGUCUCGCAGUAGCGGAGAGUGGGAGUCUCCGCCCGCCGACCGUCGGGACUGCUGCAGGAUGCAAGAUACGGCGCGAUGUUCGUCCGGCGGCAGCGUGCGCUCUCAACCCUCCUUACACAUCCCCCUCGACACGUCCCGGCCGGGCACGUGUCGCCGCCAGCUACCAUCCAGGACCACAGAAGGACACAGGGCGAGCGGCAGUACUGCGGGCGGGCGGCUGUCGGCGGCCGUGCCGGACGUGGCCAUGGCGCCCAACGCCAACACGCACCUACUGACGGCGCCCAGCUACUACCGCCACCCGCCCGAGUUCAGCAGCGGCAUACUGCAGUUAGAUUUGGGCGAUGGUGCUACGCACACUCCACGGCCUGGGUCCCGUGCGGCGCGCGCCGUGGCCGCGCAGCAGGCCGCCUCCUCCGCCGCGCGCCGGGACCACGCGCAGGCGGCGUUGUCUCUGGCGCGUGCUCGAGCUGAGGAUGAUGAACUGCGGGCUGCCAUCGACCUCUCGCUGCUCAGAGCGUACUCCUCGUUCCACCCGCGAGCCAGCAGUCCUCCGCUGCAGCCGCUGGCGGCGCUGCCUGCGCUGCAAGCGCUUCAAGCGCUGCAGCCGUCGUCGUCAGCUCCGCCGCUGCAGCCACUGCAGCCGCUGCAACCGCUGCAACCGCUGCAACCGCUGCAGGCGUCCGCCACGCUGCCGCACUGCUACCGCGAGUUACACCACAAUCCAGGCAGGUCCCGGGCGACCCCCAGUCCGUCGUCCCUGAGCGCCUCCAACAGUGGACACCUCUCCGCCAAGCAACUCGCAUUGAGCCGCGUGUGCGGGACCGCCGGUGGUAGCGGUGGUGGCGGUGGUAACAGUGGCGGCGGUGGUGGUGGUGGUGGUGGUCCUGCGGCCAGCUCGAGCCCGAGCCCGAGCGCGAGCCCGAGCCCGCGCCGACUGCGGCGGGAGUACCCACUGUACGCACACAACGACUACAGACUGGAUCCGUCAUACGGUAGCUCGGGCUCCAACAGCCGCGGGCAGAGCCCCAGCAACUACGCGUGA